ACAAGCAGAAUGGUCUGUAUAAGACACAAGGGAAACUGAGUUCAAUCAAAGAUUAUUAAAAAAAAUUCAAACAAAGACCAAUCAGUGUCUCUCUGAAGAACCUUCUGAGUUUCGCCUCAUAUAUGUUGACUGUCCUACAAAAUGUGAAAGUUAAAUUUUUCUGCAAAUACCUUAACAUGGAUGGAGUCAUGCCUUAACUCAAUAGAGCAAUGUGCGAGUUAUAAUACAUGACAUUACGAUUGGAGUUCCACUGGGACCUAUCCUUGGACCAAUAUUAUUUAGCUAAUGUAUUAAUGGUUUACCAUUGAUUUGCCCAGAAGUUCACAUCCACAUGUAUGCAGAUGAUACAGUCAUCUAUACCCAUGCUAACAUAAAGAAACUAGCGGCUGUAUUUAACAAAGUGUCAUACUGUUUAACUAAUUGUUUUCUCACCCUUAAUGUAAGAAAAACUGUAGACAUGUGUUUUCUAUCAAGAGAAAUGGCAACCAUCAACCUGACAGUGUUAGCAAAGAGCUCCCACAGCAACAUGUCUGUAAGGAGGAGGAGGUUCUCUCUGAGCAGCAGCUCUGUAACCAAGAGGAGCCAGAGCCUCCACAGAUGAAAGAGGAGCAGGAGGAACCAGUCAGCAGUCAGGAAGGAGAGCAGCUUGUACUGAAGCAGGAGACUGAGGCCUUUAUGUUGACUCCUACUCAUGAGGAAAAUGAGCACAGUGAACCAGAACCAAACAGUGACCAGCAGCUCCUCUCUCACUACUCUCAUGUAGCUGAGAGCAAAGAUCAGAGAGGAAGUGAGCAUGUGGAGCCAGGAUCAACUAGAAAUGAAGAGACAAAGAGAAAGAAGAGACGUCACAAUAAUACAAGUCACAGUGACAAUGUAGACAUCUCUCCGACAACAAAGAGUCACUGUAACACUCACACCGAGUUUGUUAACAAGCAACUAACUGCAGCUGCUGAACAAAUAUUCAUAUUCUUUGAAAAAACUUUAGUUGAGUACGAGGAAGAGAUCGACCGUCAGCGCAGACUGCUAGAUAUCAUUUUCAAACCUGAUAUAAAGCUCCACAGGACAGAGAUCCCACAGCAACAUGUCUGUAAGGACGAGCCAGAGCAACCACCUGCGGCUGAUGAGGAAAAACAGUUAGUCACUGAGAAUAUUAUCAUCGAGUUCAAUGAAGACAUUGAUCAUCAGCGCAUACUGCUGGAUUUCGUCUGGAAACAUGAGAGAAAACUCCACAGGACACAGCUCCCACAGCGACAUGUCUGUCAGGAGGAGGAGGUUCUCUCUGAGCAGCAGCUCUGUGACCAGGAGAGGAACUCCAGUCUGGACCAAGAGGAACCAGAGCCUCCACAGAUGAAAGAGGAGCAGGAGGAACCAGUCAGCAGUCAGACAGGAGAACUGCUUGUACUGAAGCAGGAGGCUGAGACCUUUAUGUUGACUCCUACUCAUGAGGAAAGUGAGCACAGUGAACCAGAACCAAACAGUGACCAGCUGCUCCUCUCUCACUACUCUCAUGUAGCUGAGAGCAAAGAUCAGAGAGGAAGUAAGCAUGUGGAGCCAGGAUCAACUAGAAAUGAAGAGACAAAGAGAAAGAAGAGAUGUCACAAUAACACAAGUCACAGUGACAAUGUAGACAACUCUCCCCCAACAAAGAGUUACUGUAACACUCACACAGGUGAGAAGCAGUAUCCUUGCAAGGAUUGUGGGAGAGCUUUUAGAUUCCAUAGUACCUUAAAGGUCCACAUGAGAACUCACACAAGUGAGAAGCCUUAUUCUUGUGAAACAUGUGGGAAAUGUUUCAAAAGUCGUGCCGAACUGAAUGUUCACAUGAGAGUCCACACAGGCGAGAAGCCAUAUUCUUGUUUAACAUGUGGGAAAUGUUUCAGUACGGGAUCAAACUUAAAAUCGCACAUGAGAGUCCACACAGGUGAGAAACCAUAUUGUUGUGAAACAUGUGGGAAAGGUUUCAGCACUAAGUCAGAUAUGUCGGUCCACGUCAGAACUCACACAGGUGAGAAGCCUUAUUCUUGUGAAACAUGUGGGAAAUGUUUCAAACAGCGUCGUGAGUUGAGUGUUCACAUGAGAAUCCACAAAGGUGAGAAGCCAUAUUCUUGUGAAACAUGUGGGAAAUGUUUCAGUCGGGGAUCAAACUUAAAAUUGCAUAUGAGAGUCCACACAGGUGAGAAGCCAUAUUCUUGUGAAACGUGUGGGAAAGGUUGCGGCACUAAGUCAGAUAUGUUGGUCCACAUAAGAACUCACACAGGUGAGAAGCCUUAUUCUUGUGAAACAUGUAAGAAAUGUUUCAGUCAGAGAUCAAAUUUAAAAUUGCACAUGACAGUCCACACAGGUGAGAAGCCACAUUUGUGCAAAACAUGUGGAAAAUGUUUCCGUCAGCGAUCAAGCUUAAAAUCUCACAUGAAAAUUCAUACAGAUUAAAAGUCGUAUACUUACUGAACUUGUGGCGGAACUUUCACACUCGGUGCUGAAUCGACAGUGAACAUGAGAAAGAGCCACACUGGUGAGAAACCACAUCACCACAACACCUGCGGGAAAAGAGGCUUCAAUGUGUCUCAGUUAGGAAGUCACAUGAGAUCACAGACAGUACAGUGACAUACCUUGUUUAUAAAAUAUGUGGAAGAGAUUCAGUUGUAGUGGUUCAUGGACAGAACACAAGAACCCACAGAAGUGAAGAGCCCCACAAUCACAGCUGAUGUGCUCAAAGUUUGAAUUUCCACAUGAGCAAACUUGAAAAUGAAAUUUGUUUGGAGACGAGUUCAUCUUCAUUGACCCUGUGACUCAUAUUUCUGUUUGCAGCAGUAUUUCUUCGACUGUAACCUUCCAAAUCUUCACAGUGACUUUAUAGAUCAUACAAAUGUUAUUAGGGCUCUUAAAUAACUAUUUCUGUAUAAUAUUUAAAUCCUCCACCUCAGUUAUACGAGUGGACCGUGAACUCUGAUGGUGAACCUGAGAAUCUCCAGUUCUGUUGCGUCACUCAUUUCGUCAUCAUUUUGCCUCCAACAUGUCCCUUCAUUUUUUAUUUCAUGUUUUUUUUGUGAUUGGAUCCACUUUUUUGUUUCAGACUUUAGAGGAGUCUGGUAGAUAAACUGAAUAUAAUCACAGCAACACAUUUAUUCCCUGGUCACACUCAAUAUGACAACACAGUAUUACACAUAUAUUUAAGCUUGGUUUUGGUUUGCUUCUAUUACUCUUGCUACUAUCUCUUUUAUUGAAACAAUGAUCCACACACUGAUGAAUAUUCCUCAUGAUCAUGAAUGACCUGUUCAAUGUGAUUUACUUCAUUGCACAUUAAAAGUCCCACAUCUGCACGUUGA